AUGGCUGGCAUCGUGGCCUUUGUAUCAAUGCCAUUGGAGUUCCAUCACCCGAUUUCGCCCGCAAUUCCAUGGGGAUCCUCUGCUCUAAGCUGUUUUUCACUCUUCGUGAACACGCUCAUUUUGUCCGCAAUCUUUUCAUCACAACGGCCGAACACCUUGAUGACCGAGGAGAGUCGUCUGAAUAGCCGCCGCAUCACACUCCUCAUCAGCGCUUUAUUUGCUGCGGGAUUCGCCGCCGCAGACUGGGCUUUUGCCCUAUCAUUUCACAAGUAUGGAUCGACUGGCCCCGAAAAGGCGGCCGGCGUUGUAGCUGGGGUGGCUUCAUUUGUCGCGGUCUCUGCCGCGGUAGUAGAUAUCUGGAAAAUCUGUGCAGAUGCCUCAGAGGCUCGGGCUGCCGAGUUGUUUGACCGAGAGCAGCUUGCUGAUGUAGAACCGUUUACUGAUAGUUGA